GCACGGCGGCGGCCGCGGGGCUGCUGCUGGCUGGUGCCGCCCGGAGCCGUCGCCGGCCGAAGCGCGGCAACGAGGGCGCGCACGUCGCGCUCCAGGCGGCCGCCAGGCCCGCGGGCGGCUCGGGCCUCGAGGAGCUGGCCGGCGAGCUGCUGGCGAGCCCGCAGCGUGCGGAUGCCGAGUUCGCCCGCCGCGUGCGGCUCGCGGCGGCGGAGGAGCUCCGCUCCGGCCGGCAGCGCGGCCGCUCCGCGCAGCAGGCGUUCGCGGCCGCCGCCGAGGGCGCUGGCGCCCAAGGGGGGCCCGAGGGGCACCUGCGCUGGUGCGCCAGUGCGCUGGCCUCCAUGCUGCUGGCGCUCACAGUCAGCAUCGAGCCCGCGAGCGCGCUCGACCAG